AUGCCUCCACAAAGAACACGUACUAAUGCGAGCUUAGCAUGUAUAAAUUGCCGAUUGAGACAUGAAAAAUGCGAAAGACCUUCUGGGAAGGACGUUUGUACAAACUGUAGAGAACACAAUCGACUCUGUGUUUCUAUCCCGGGUAACAAGCGUGGGCCAAAACCACGCAGCCAAAAUCCUGGAUUUGCACAUCUCCAACCUUUUUCAAGUAUUAACCUUCAUGAAACAACUCAGAUCCAGCAUUGGGAUCAACUUAUACCUAGCAUUAGAAAUAACUCACAUCCAGUGUCGAGAGAAGCUUACAUGCAGUAUCAACUCACACCCAGUAUCGAAAACUAUUCAUACUUGAUACCAGGAGUUGACAUCCAGUAUCAAGAGCAACUUUCAUCUGAGACUACUAAAUUUCAAAAUAUAUAUAUUAAUCAAUCCCCUUUAUCAUGUUUGCCCUUUUUCAUCUAUGACGAAUCAACGCCAAACGAUAUGCCAAAUGUCACAUUAAAAUCUGAUUCCUUUUCUACUAAUUGUGAGGACACUGAAGUAUUCCGUUCAUUGAUCAAUUAUCCUCAACAUCUUUUCUUUCCUACUCUUAAAUAUUGA